AUGGAGCCCGGUUUCGACACCAUGGCCAUGCCGUAUCUGGCCAGUCCGCUCCCUCUCGGCAACAUGCAGGGCACCGACUAUCUGGGCUCGAUGCCCGGCAUGGAUAUGCACGACCAGCGCUCUAAUUUCGACGCCGAGACAUUUAUCAGCGGCGACGAUAUGAGCUUUUCCCAGGCCAAUAUGCCCCAAUUGCGCCGCUUCAACUCCUACGACGAAGCCUUUCCUCCUCCUCCCCCCGAUAUGCUUGCUCCCCCGUUCGAGUCCGUCCCCACCGAACAAAACGCCGAUUCCAUUGACACCAACCACAAGCUGCUGUCUUUCUCCCUCCCAGUGUACGGCUUCACCCUGCUCGACUACUCCCUGCGCCGCACGUCUCUGAACGUGUCCGCCCAGCUGCACGGCAUGUUCUUUCUCGCCGAGUCCCCAUGGACGAAUUCUCCCACCGAGGUGCCUCCUCCCCAGGUCGCCGAGCUGACCUGCUACCGCCGCAAUCUGUUCCAAAUUACCGGCUCCGUCACCCUUCCCCGCAGCUUGCGCUACAUCAUGACCGAGCAGGGAGACCGGAUACCUAUCCUCGCCCAGGAACUGACCGUUUCGGCUACCGAAUCCGUCGAGGGAAACCCAGUGAAGAUCAUUUCUGUGCCCUGGAAAACUCCCGCUGCCGCUGCCGCUAAUGGUAGCGGUGCAGCUCCUCCACCAGCUCCCGAAGAAAAGGCUGAGAAAGAGCCUCCCUCCAUUCCGUUGGACACAAUGGCCGCUGGUCAAGACAUGGAUUCUGAAUACGCCACGUUUCCCAUCGCUUGGAAGCGCCUGCAGUUCCGUAUUGCUACCGCCAACAACGGCCGCCGCAAGGAGCUGCAGCAACAUUUCGUCGUCCGCCUCAAGGUCGUUGCGACUCUGUCGACUGGUGCAAAGAUUCCCAUCUGCGAGGUCCAUUCGGGCCCUGUCAUUGUUCGUGGCCGCAGCCCACGCAACUUCCAGUCUCGCAAGGAUCUUCCCUUGAGCGGUAGCGCAGCUUCGUCCCGAAAGAACCAACAAGCUGCUGCUCGCAAUGCCGCUGAGGCCCAGGCCAAGGCUGCCGCCGCUGCUGCUGCCAAAGGCAACACUACUUCGCCGUCGGAGAUGUCUCAAAUAUUCCCCUUUGAUCCCGCGGCCAUCCCACAGCCCCCGUCCACUUCAUCCCCUACGUUUGCCGAUUGGACUCAGAUGCCCGCUGCGGUGACCACCGGUGCCAUGGUCACGCCCACAUUUGCUCCUGUUCCAGGACUGCCUGCAUACCCCCAAUCGAGUCCUAGCGUGUCUCGUGGUGCGGAACACCGGCCGAACGUGGCAGGAACGCCACCAAUCAAUUUGUCUUUGGCCGAAGAUGACUUCAAGACACCACCGGCCAAGCACGGUGACCAACAACGCCCGGCGACCUCGCGUGAAAACAGCGCCAACCACGCUCCUCUGGCUGGAACCAAGCGGUCAAGCCCCGACUCUGCUGGCGCUCCUCCUUCCAAGAUGCAGAAGAUGACCCCGACGACCAUGUCGCGCCCACGGCCGACUCGAUCAGCUUCGGCAACUCUACCUAUGCUUCACACAACCUCGGCUCCAAUGCAGCAACCUUACCACGCUACGCCUUCGUCAUACCCAACCUCGAUGCCAUACUCGGGUGAAACGGCUGACUUGCUCUACGAGUACUUUCCUCUGAGCGUGGAUGACUGGCAGGCACCGGUUGAUGCCGUGUACCGGCCUCAUGUGGUGCACCACACGCACGUGCCGAUGGACUACAAGUUUAUGGCGGCUCGCAAUCGCAGCAAACGGUAUUUUGCUGCCGAGGACGUCUAUGUACACUUUUGCUAUGAGUAUGAUCUGCACUACAACAUUGAAGUUCCAGCAUCCCAGUCCAGACCUUGUGAGUCUCAUCACCUGUCUCAAGAUGUCAGCGACUCAGGGGUCUCCCCUGGCUGGACAGCCCACUCAUGCUACACUCCUCGCGCGCUGAUAAUUGCACACUCACCCCUCAGCAAUGCGAAUACCGAAGCGCGUUCUGGCGGUACUGGUAAGGAUUUGCGACAACACCACCCCCUUCUCUUAAAAGAAAGAAGAAAGGAAAAAAAAAACCCUGCAUGGGUGUACAAUAACAGGGCCAGUACAAAAGUGCGCGCUCUGGUGAGGUAUUUGUCGUAUUCGACGGUGAAACAAUAUCGAGGACUGCGGGUUUUUCCAGGUGCGAGUCUGGGUGUUGGGUUACUGGUUCUUGUGGGAGUGGUUUUUUUCGCUGCAAUGACACUCGGCCCGAAACCGUACUACUGGCAUAAUACCGACGCUGUCAGUUUUGGAAAUAGUCCGCCGAUUGCGACGAGAGCAGGAUGGAUGGCGCUGGCGCUGUUGCCUUUUGUACUAGCUUUCGCGGCAAAAGCAAACCUCAUUUCAGCGCUGACUGGAAUUCCAUAUGAGAAGCUUCAGAUCUUCCACCACUGGGCGAGCUAUGCGAUGUUCGUCUUGGCCCUAAUACACACGUUCCCGUUUAUCGUCUACCAUAUCCAGAAAGGUGACAUGGUUAUGCAAUGGGACACGUCGGUUGUGUACUGGACCGGAGUUGCUACUCUGAUACCUCAGGCGUAUCUUACAUUCCUAUCGAUACCGUGGAUUCGGGACUACUUCAUCGCCGCUGGCGCAAUAUACCUCUUUUCUGUCGUCUACGCCUGGAGCAAAACCUAUCUCUUCCACGGCCUGCACACAGCACAAGUUUCCCUCCUUCCCUGCGGUGGCGACGACAACAGUGACGAAGAAGAAGAAGAACUCAUCGAAAUCACCAUCCCAACCACAAUAUCCUGGAAACCCGGUCAACACGUUUUUCUACGGUUCCUAACCAUGCACCCACACAGUCUAACCGCGCACCCAUUCACUAUUUCCUCCGUCCCCCACAAGACAGAGAUAUGCGGCCACCCGUCUGAAAUGAAGUUUUUCGUGAAACCAGCUGUUGCCAGAAAGAACAACAAAAACAGUACCGCGUUUACGGCGCGUCUCGCCAGGGCUGUUGCUGGGAAAGCGCAGGUGGGGAUGCGUGUGUUGCUUGAAGGGCCGUAUAGUGGUGUUGAUAAUGCGUCGUUGCUUGCAAGGUUUGAUCAUAUAGUGUAUAUUGCCGGUGGCUCGGGCGCAGGGUUUUCGUUGGGCGUUGUUGAGGAUGCUAUUCGAAGUGAACAGAGAAAAAAUACCCAGACGGUGAUCACCACCACCGUGCAGGUGGUUUAUGCGACGAGGAGUGUGGGUGUGGCGCGGUGGUACAAAGACAAAAUCGAGGACAUGAUGACGAUACCGGAUUCCAGUUGUUGCUGCAGAGUCGCAGCGUCGAUCCACAUUACUUCUGCAGCAAGGAAGAAUAACAAGACCUCUUCACAAAAACAACUGCAGGAUACUACAGAGGUACAAGAAACAGACACGGAAAAGAUCACGGAUAGUAGUACAUCGCCAAGCGACUCUUCCUCCACCGAGACUUCUCCUCCUCUUUCUUCUUCUGCCAAAAAAAUCCAGAUCCACAACGACAAUCAACGGCCAAAUAUCAAAUCUGUGAUUUCGUCGGCGUGCCGCUCAGACAACUACAAAAAAAUUGCCGUCGUGGUCUGUGGACCAGCGUCCAUGAUUCAUGAUGCGCGACAGGCUGUGGCUAAUGAGCAGGCGCGGCUGCUCAAGGAAGAGUCUGGUCUGGGUGAGGUGUAUUUACAUGUGGAGGCUUUCUCGUGA